GGAAAAGUUCAUUAUAAUUAAUUAAAACAUAAACAAAUAUACAAAUUUAAAAAUGUAAAGACUUCUUAUUAACUAAUCAGAAUAUACCAUCUUAAUACAAUGUACCUACUACCUAAGCAGCUCAUUCAUUCAUGAUCAAGGAUCAUGACUCUUUAUUUUAGUUAUACCAUGAUGUACUAAUCACACUUAUCACGUGAGCACGUGCCGCCAUAUGGGCAGAGAAAUAAACCAAUUAAUGAGAUGUUAAGCUAAGUAAUUAAACGCCGGCCACAACUAACCAAGUUGUCAAAUCUAUUUCCCUUUUGACACGUGGAUCUCUCUUAACAAGGGUAAAAAGGACUAGUAAAGACGGCGACCGCCCAAUCAUCAAAAAAGCCAAAAACAUGUCAAAUUUUCAUUUUUCAUUUUAUCUAUUUAUUUUCACGGCUGCUUUUUCGUUAAGCUAACUAACACCAAACACUUUGCAUAAAUUUUAGAAACCUCUGUAUAUACUAAUACUAUAUAUAUAGAUUGGGCAUCACAGGGUCCAAAAACCAUAACCCACCACCAACGGUCCAUUACCAAACUUUACUCUCUAAACUUAAAUUAACUUCUCUCCUUAUGGAUUGGACCAGGGGCCGAACUAUCGGCCGGGGUUCCUUUGCCACCGUAUCAAUCGCCACAGCUCAUGGCUCCGGCGAGAUUUUCGCUGUCAAGUCUGCCGAGCUUUCCAAAUCAGAGUCCCUUCAGAGAGAGCAGAGGAUUUUGUCUGCGUUGAGCUCCCCAAAAAUCAUAGAAUACAGAGGUUUCAAUGUCUCUUCGGAAAAUGGAGAGAUUAUGUACAAUCUCUGCCUGGAAUAUGCUCACGGUGGCUCUCUCUCCGAUAUGAUUUCCCGGCGCGGUGGUCGGCUUAGCCAAGCUGAAAUCAAAGCCUACACGAGGGAAAUUCUAAUUGGGUUGGACUAUCUUCAUUCCGCUGGCGUAGUACAUUGCGACAUCAAGGGUCGGAAUAUUUUGGUCACUAAAGAUGGGUUGAAGAUCGCUGACUUGGGUUGCGCUCGAUUUUACGAUGACGUGUCGGGUGUUGAUUGGGUCUCUGUAGCUGGAACCCCUGCUUACAUGGCACCGGAGGUAGCGAGAGGGGAACAACAAGGCUUCGCCGCCGAUGUUUGGGCUCUUGGGUGCACGGUGAUCGAGAUGGUUACGGGUCGGGCUCCGUGGGCAGAUGUGUUUGACCCGGUUUCGGCUUUUUACCGUAUUGGGUUUACGGAUGAUGUGCCGGAGAUUCCGAGUUUUGUGUCGAAAAAAGGUAAGGAUUUUUUGGGCAAGUGUUUGAAGAGAGACCCAUUAGAGAGGUGGUCCGUCAACGAGCUUCUUAACCACCCAUUUCUCGAGGAAUUUGAAUCCGAAUCCGAAUCCGAAUUUGUUGGGAAGGAAUUCGAUAGUUUUGAUUUGGAUAGUCCGAGAUGUGUACUGAGCACCGUCGAUUCGGAUCAGGAUCCGAACCCGUUUCGUGGCAGUGUUACGGAUACGGAGACAGACUCUGCUGCUCAAAGAAUCAGACGGUUGGGUAGUGAAAGCAAUGCGGCGUCGUUUUUGGAAUUGGACUGUUGGGCCUUAGAUGAAGAUUGGGUCACGGUUAGAUGCAACUUUACCCAAGAAGAGCCCGUUAUGAUAUCAGUCCCUAUGGAGUGUUUAGGCCCAUCAAGGGAUUUGUUCCCUAUUGAUGUAGAUGAGACCCCAAAUACGAAGGGGACGUUGAAAAUUUGGACUUGUAAUGAGGAUGAUUUGGUGGCUCCCACCAAAUUUAGUAAUGGUUCGAGAAAAUUCAAAAAAUGUAGAAGAAAUUGUAAUGGGGCUAGUAUCUGUAGUUAUAGGGAUUGGGCUAGAUUAUGGAAUUGGAAAAAAGGCUCUUUUUUAUGCUUUGAAUGUGGCAAAGUUCAUUUUUUUUAUUGCUCAAAUUGUGAAAUGAAUUUUAUGAUUCGGUUUCUUAUGCAUCAGCAUUGUCCACCAUUCUUUAUAUUUUAUGUUUUGAAUGUAAAAAAGUUGAGUUUAUUUAUAUUUUCGUACAUAUGCAAAGAAUACAAAUUUAGCCCAUUGCAAGUAGUGAUAGGAUAGAGGUCCUCCUUCAAACAUGAUAAAUCUUCAAGCAAAAUCUUGCAAAUUCUUCAAAAGAUAAAACCAGAAUUAUUACAAAAGAGUAUUUUGUAUAUCUGCAAUUACAGGAAAAAACAAGGAAAAAUGCAUUGUAACAGAAAGAUGGCUCUACCAGUUCGCUCCUUAACGACUUUCACCCAUAACAAAGUCUUGUAGCCACUUUGAUCUUUUCUCGAAUCCUUCUCUCGCGUGCUUGAGCUUCCUGCCCACUUUCAGCUGGCUCCUUAGCCUCGUCUUCUCUUUGGUUCACUGUUGAAGUCGAAGCCUCCACUUCUUGGUGUUGAGCAAAACUAUCUAACCAUUCUCUUAUCCUUUAGUCCACCAACUUUGGGUUUGCUAACAUUACUCCCCUCCUCAAAACACACCUUGUCCUCAUGGUGUGAGAUAUCAUAAUGUCUUAAAAGUGGAAAAAUCUUCCGAAGUAACAUCAUCAGGAGAGCUCAAAGACCAUUGAACUAAUACCUCUUGAAUUGGUUUUGAAUUGAUCAAUUUGAUUCGAAUAGCCAAGAUAGCUAAAGGAACCAUCAAAGGUUUAUUGGCGAUACUCAACUUAGGUAACAAAUUACAUUUGAGUGGGGCGCUGCCAUGAAAUGGUUUGAAAAGAGAGACAUGAAAUGUAGGAUGAAUACGACUCCCCAGUGGUAAAGCCAAAGUACAGGAUGUUGUACCUCGAUGAGCUCCCACCGAAAAGGGACCAAAAUAUCGUCGACAGAGUUUUGCAUUAGACGUUUUGCCACCGAAGAUUGGAUAUAUGACUGAAGUUUGACUAAGAGUCUAAGACCCAAAUAACCCACCUGAAACUUUAAUGUCUUUUGUUUUCUUGUUAGCUUGCUGCCUCAUUUGAUUCUGGCUUUGGUGCAAACUGUUUUGUAGCUAUUGAAGGAUAGCAUCAGGGGACAAGAGAUCUUCUUCAACUGCCUGUAUCAAAGAAGUACCACGAGUGUAAGCUGAAAUCGAUGGGGGUAAUCUACCAUAAACUGUCCGAAACAGGGUCAUCCCAAUAGCUGAAUGAUGGUUGGUAUUGUAAUGGUACUCAUCCCAAAAAAGGAACUUGCUCCAUUGCUUCGGGUUGUCUGUCAUAAACGCACGACAGUAUUGUUCGACAUAAGGAUUAGUAACCUUCGUAUGACUAAACUAAAGUGGAUUU